UUGGCAGGCCACAAGACUGCUGCCCUGCCUGCCUGCCUGACUGUCUAUCCUCAUACAGGAGUCACCCAUGUCCACGAAUAAAGAAAGACGCAGGUGGGUGCAGCUCGACCUGCUUCCCUCUAAAUUUUCACCUUUUAACUUUCCCUUUCUCUCCGCACUGAAGAGAGAGUAAGCAAGAGAAGCUGUAUUUGUUUGUCUUUCUGGGUUUUAUCCUGCUCUUCCCUGCUUAAUGUGGCUUGAGGAUAUUUCCAAAUCAGGAAACUUCCACCACUGAAUGCAGCAUGACGUCGGACGAGUCGUAUAAUUAUGUCUACAAAGUGGUCUUGAUAGGGGAGUCCGGUGUAGGAAAGAGCAACCUUCUGUCUCGCUUUACCAAAAAUGAGUUCAGUCGCGACAGCCGCACCACCAUCGGUGUCGAGUUCAGCACGCGGACUGUCCAGAUGAACAAUUUCACCAUCAAAGCCCAAAUCUGGGACACGGCAGGGCUGGAGCGGUACAGGGCCAUCACCUCAGCUUAUUACAGGGGAGCAGUCGGAGCCUUGUUAGUCUAUGACAUCACAAAGCACCUGUCCUACGAGAGCACGGAGCGAUGGUUAAAAGAGCUGCUGGAACAUGGAGACCCUCACAUUGUUGUCAUGCUGGUGGGAAAUAAGAAAGACCUGGAGAGCCUCAGGACUGUGCCCACAGAGGAGGCGAAGGACUUUGCAGAGAAGAGAGGUCUUAUGUUUAUGGAGACGUCAGCGUUGGAUUCCACCAACGUCGAAGAGGCGUUCAAUGAAAUCCUCACAGUGAUCCAUAAGAAAGUGAACAGCAGAGAGGUGACCCGAGGCUCCAUCUGUGCUGUAACUAUAACCAACCCCAUCGGACCCAUCGGGGAGGCACAGGAGAGCAGGGGCUGCUGUAAGAGCUCCUAGCACACAUCUGCUCUAUGCACCCAACCUGACUGUCAUGACAUCAUUUACACUCCGUAUGAAGAGUGAGUUAACCAAACCUCUCAAAAUGUAGAUGUAAAGUAUAUAAAUGAAAAACAAUAAAUGAAUAUUGAGAAAUUCUAUAUUUGACAGAAUUCUGUUGGUGGCUAAUAAACACUUUUUUACUUAGUAGAGCUGUGCAUUGGUCCUUUUUCUUUAUCUAAUCUUCAUAUUUUUUAAAAAGGAAUGUAAAGUUGUAUUGUUUUUAUAAAGGAAAACUCUGGGAUGAACUUGAAAUAAAGUUAUGUUAUUAUGUCUGUAUGUUAUUAUUUUAUGAAGACAUGAAUUUAUUGUAUAGAGAUAGAUGGAUGGACAACAUACUGACAGAUGGACGGAUGGAUGGAUGGAUGAUGAUAGAUGGAUAGAAGGAUGGAUGGAUGGGUGGAUGGAUGGAAACAUAUCUAUUUUUUAGUCUUGGUGAGAUACUGCCUGAAGAUGACAUACAGUAUUUAGCAGCUAUAGCUAAUGGGGAUUGAUGAUUGUAAACAUAACAACAUUGUGAACAUUUUGGUCAGUAAUUUUUGGGGAAAUUUUCCUCUGGAAUUUCCUCAAAUUCAAAAAAGUCCCAAUUGUCUGUAAUCUUUGGUAUUCUAAUAAAAAAUUCUGGGAAAUA